ACGUGAGCGCGUCAGUUUCCUGUUUACUACUCUCUGCUCUUCCAUGUCAGCUACUCGGAUUGCAACACUCCGGAUUUUACUGUAGGAGUCUGAAAUCACUGUGCGGUUGUAUCUUUUGGCACCAGGGACAAUUUGACCACGAUCAACUAGUAUGAAUAACCUCGCAACAUGUGGUUUUUCGGCAGAAAAAUGAAGAUGUGACACUGAAGACCGUGACUAGGCCGGAAGUCCGCUGGGUUUCCUAAGAGACAUGAAACUGAUCAGUGGACUUGAAACGUCGUGUUUACGGAAAGACCGUUUGCUAGCUUUGCUUUUGCCGGACUGUAUACGUGUCGUGUAAAGGUUUGAACUGAUUGACCAGGUCGUGUUGUUCCGUGUGUUUGUAUUUGUUGCCUGUCACUGAGUGAGCAGUUAACUAGCUGUUGCUCGGCUAGUUAACAGACCAGUAUUGUAGAGGAGGGUUCAGCUCGCCGGUACACUGAACUCUCGACGUCUCCCCGGCUCCGGCCCCCUGAAGCGGGCGGUGAGGAAGAAGCUGGCAGGGAGGGGAUGGCCUGGAGGCGGCUCCCGGCCUCACGGAACGGCGCUGUUUGAGGGAGGCCGAGUUCGCAUCGAGCACGAAGCAACGGCCCGAGCAGCGAUGUUGGCCACCGGCAGUCUGAGUGCUGCUGGGACAACAGUGCGGAAGAGCGAGGAAAUAGCAGAUCUGAUUGACCUGUUCUCCAAGACCCAGUACAGAGCGAAGGAGGUUACACCAAGGGUGGAGAGAAUAGAGGAGCGAUGCCUUGAACUGUUUGGCCGUGACUACAAGUACUGUGUGAUCCAGAACAGCAAUGGCGAAGUGUGCGGUCACUACCCUCGCCAAAUUGUUUACUUGGAGUACGAAUGCACUGAGCCCAAUAAAGAAAGUUUUGAGAGUACAGUGCAGAUCCACAAGUUGCAGGAUCUGGUGAGCCGCAGUAAGAUGGCUCGUUGUAGGGGGCGAUUCGUCUGUCCAGUCAUCCUCUACAAUGGCAAGCAUGUGUGCCGGUCGUCCACGCUGGCAGGCUGGGGGGAAUUAUAUGGACGCACUGGCUACAACUACAUCUUCUCAGGGGGCUCUGAUGACACAUGGGCAGAAUCUGAAGAAGUCCCAGAGGAUGAUUCUGCUGUCCGGAAUGGAGACUCACAGCUGUUUGAUAAAGUGAGGGGUUCCGACAUUAAGCUGCUCAAGUAUCUAUCUGUAAGCUACAUCUGUGACCUCAUGGUGGAGAAUAAGAAGGUCAAGUUUGGCCUCAAUGUCACUUCCUCUGAGAAGGUAGACAAGGCCCAGCGUUAUGCAGACUUCACCUUGCUCUCUGUGCCUUACCCAGGUUGUGAGUUCUUUAAGGACUACAAAGAAAGAGACUACACAGCAGAGGGGCUGGUUUUUAACUGGAAUCAGGACUAUGUGGAUGCUCCCUUGACAAUCCCUGCAUGCUUUACAAAGAACCUGAACAUUGACUGGAGCGAAUAUCAGUCAUGGGACCUGGUGCAACAGACGCAGAAUUAUCUGAAGCUGCUUCUGCACAUCAUCAACAGUGAUGAUGAAAGUGGUUUGUUGGUGCACUGUAUAUCAGGUUGGGACAGAACACCACUCUUUGUGUCACUCCUUAGACUCUCACUGUGGGCUGAUGGUGCUGUUCAUGCAAGCCUGGAGCCAGAUGAGAUACUGUAUUUGACCAUCGCUUAUGACUGGUUUCUUUUUGGUCACAUGCUGCCUGAUCGUCUCUCUAAAGGAGAGGAAAUUUUCUUUUUUUGCUUCAAUUUUUUGAAGCACAUCGUGUCUGAGAAUUUCUCAGUCAUAAGGAAGCCGAGGAGGAAAAACUCUCAGUUCAAAGACACUGAUUUCACAGUGGACGACCUCUGCCAGUUGCAAUCCAGAGACAGGGGUAGUAUGACCAGUUUGAGUAGCGAUUUCUCCUUAAUCACUGAGGAUACAGCUGCUCCCUCCAGUCUGUCCGCUGAGCCUGUGGACCUGAUCUCUAGCGGAAGAAAAGCUAUGACCUCGUCUCCUCAGACCGUGCUUUGGAACCGCUCAGUCCCAAUUGAGGAGCGACUACCUCAUCCACUUACAGAGGGCAGAACCUCAAGCUCGUCGUCCUCCAACCAAUCAGAGCAGGGCUAUAUCCGUACAGGGAGCAGCCCAUUGGCUGUGCCGGGGAGAAGGUCCAUGGUGGAGUAUGCUCGCUCGGGCUCUUCUAUCUCUACAGAGUAUGGAAGCUGGCAGAUUGUCUCAGGCUGUGGGAGCAUCCACGAAGCGGCUCCUCUCCCUUUGGAGUCACCCCUUCCCUUCAGCUUCCAAGAUGAGGGGCCCAGCGGCCGCAUGUGUACAUUUGGAUCUGCGAGGCAGGCUCGGCUGGAGGCAGUAAGGGAGUUGUUUCUGGCGGCUUACAGCUCUACGGUGGGACUGAAAUCUUCCUUUCCAAGUCCAUCUGGAGCCAUCUCUGGUCUGCUGGAGCAGUUUGCUCGUGGUGUUGGCCUCCGAGGCACCAACGCUAUUGUCUGAACUCAGCUUCCUCUUCUGUUCUGUCCUCUUCUCCUCGGUUAUUUCUGACUCUCCAUCUUGUGUUUAGUAGCAAUGAAUCACCAAAAGAAUGGUUCCUAUUCUUACUGGUCUCCUUAGUCAUUUUCAUAUCUGAGCCCUCCAUAUAAAAGUCCCUCCAAUGUCAGUGUUCCAAAAAAAAAGCAUCAUGUUGUUCCUGUGUUGUUACACAAGGUUUCCAAGUAGAUCUGGAAAAACCAAGCUGGUUUUUUUUCUGUUCAUUUUUCAUUACCCCUCUUUCCUUUACUCUGUACACACCAUUCCACCAGGACUUAAAAGUGCCAAACUUAAACCUUGGGGCUACCUUUUAUUUCUUUAUUUGUUUUUAAUUGUUUUUACACACUGAAUUUGACUGUUGAGGCACCUCUAGUAAAUUUCUACGUUUCUUUUUUUUUUUUAUCUCCCUCAUAUUUUCUGCUUUUAUAUAUAUUACAUUUAUAUUGAAUAGCAUGAUGAAUGAGAGCCUAAAAACAACAAAGGGAAAAGGCUUCUUUGAGCUCUUCCUAUUGCUGUAGCUGUAUUGCUGCUAUUCGAAUAUGCAGUAAUGAACAAGUUCUUAAAAUAUAAUUUCUAAGUGGACCUCAAAGGCUGUGCUUCUUUUUGGCCAUUCAGCAUAUGGACAUUUUUUUUUUGUAAAUUGUCUUUGAGUUUAAUGAGUUUUAUGCUUAUUUAUGAUGUCUUAAGAUUCAUUUAAACACUUGGAUACAUAAAGCAUUAUAAUAUGAUGUGUAAGUAACAAGUAAAAACUGCAGCAUGUAUGAAUCUGGGCAGAGGUUUGGCUGUUUUCCUUCAAGGAGAUUAAGGUUUUAUCAUUUAAUAUAACAGUGUAGUUUUCAGGUUCACCAAUUAAGCUAUUUUAACAGCACAGUUUCUCAUUUGUGUAUGUUAAAUGAUGCUCUUACUUCUGGUUUUAUAACAGCGUGUGUUCAGUUACACUUCUGAAGGAGGCCCACUGUAUGGCCACAUAAGUUUUGGUGCAUCUGUCAAAAUAAUCUAUAAUGUUUGACAUUUAUGUAUUUGCCUCAUGCUGACUGUUUGUGAAUUCAGAACUGCUACUGGUUAUAAUCAAAACAUUCAAUCCACUGAAUCUCCAAAUGCAUUUGCAGUGAAAUGAUUACAGUGAAUGUUUAGAAUUAACAAAUGCUUUCUUUCAUGUCAUCUGUCAUACCUCUUAGCUACGUUGUGGUCGUACCUGGCGGUGAAGUGUAAUCACCACACCUUAUCUACCAUGUCAUCAGUUUCAGCUACCGAUGCUGUUUUACAAGAGAUUUUGGUGAUGUAAAGUGUUGCUAUGAUGCUUGGUGGUGACUGGGUAUGAAAUUAGAAAGUUGAAUAUGAAAUUAAGGCAACACUUAAAAAUCAGCAUGUAACACUAGGGAUUUAUGUUCUUAAUGCCAAAUGGUUUUGAUGGCCUUUUUACCUCAGGACCACCAUGUUGUUGUGCCUUUUUUCUCUUAAUAUUGGGCUAAAUUUGAGAUUAUUUCUACCUGGAAAUCAUGGGAUGGAUCUUUUCAAUUUUAAAAACAUUCAUUUUCUUUUCUGGGAGUCUUCAGUCUAGAUACGUUUGAAUACAUUUUGAAAUGGACACAUUGCAAACCUGCCAAUGGUUUGUAAGGGACAUACUGUUUUUGUCCUCAUGCUAUUCAGUCAAAAUUUAGCUACAUGACACAGACAUAGAACAUUGGAAUGAUCAGUGUAAGUGAUUUAGAUUCACUAACCGAUGUAUUUUUGGUUGCUUACAGUGGUCGACCCACAUCAUAUGAAACUCUUGUUUCAUAGAUUCCACAUAAAUAUUUGUCGGGCUCGUAAAACAUCUGUUAUUAAAUCUUUGAAACAUUGAAAUAGCAAUAGCAGUCAGGCACCUUGCAUGUUUGUUUUUUUCAUUGAUUAUUUUCCAUCUUACACGAUCCAGACAUUUCAGAAUUUAUUUUUUCACAGGAAAAGGCCAGUGGGGUAACAUUUAAAUUUGGAAGUUUUACUUAAUGAUUUUGUCUUUUCCAUGUUUUUAUGAAAUUUUCAUUUGUACCCUUUCUGCUCUUUUUAGAGAGUGGUGAAUCUUUGCCUUUGUACAGUCUUUUUGUUUGUUUUAAUUAUAGUGAUUCCUUAAUGUCUCAUUACAAUUGCCGAGGAGAUAUGGGACAGAUGCUCUUCCAGUGAAAAUAAAAGAAGAAAUUAAAAGAAA